CGGACCGGCACACCAUCGACUCAAAUGACCGGCCUGGCUUUAGAACAAAGCACAGACGACUGCGCAAAAGCUAAAAAGCAAGACAUACAAGGAAGGAGAUACAAUCAUCCAGAGUUCUAGAGUGAGAGUUUUAGAGAGAGAAAGAGAGAGGGAAAUGGCUCUUACGACACGGCAGAGACGCCCACUGACGGCUGAUGUCUCUUCAUCGUCGUCUCCAUCGCCAUCAUACACGAAGCUCGAUAAACCGGAGAGAUCAGACGGCAGAGAAGAGGGUGAUGAUGGCAAGGGAUUGGGAUGGUUGUUACCGUUGCUUGCCCUAGGGAUGCUCAGGCACAUGAGCGCCACAUCGAACAUCAUUCAUGACUGCGAUGAGGUCUUCAAUUACUGGGAGCCUCUUCACUACCUCCUCUACAAAUCAGGUUUUCAAACUUGGGAAUACAGCUCACAAUUUGCACUUCGUUCAUAUCUGUACAUUGUUUUUCAUGAGUUGGUGGGUAAACCAGCUUCCUGGUGGUUUGGUGAGGAAAAAGUGAGAGUAUUUUAUGCUGUGAGAAUCUUUCUUGGUCUUCUUUCCGUCAUCACAGAGGCCGCUUUGGUGGUUGUCCUUUCCAAGAAGUAUGGAAAACGUCUUGCUUCUUAUGCUCUUGCAAUGCUAUGCUUAACCAGUGGUUGUUUUUUUGCUAGCACGAGUUUUUUGCCAAGUUCAUUCUCCAUGUAUGCUAUGUCAUUGUCAUCAGCAUUAUUUCUUCUUGACAAACCUGCCAUGGCUGUUGCUGUGGCAGUUGUUGGGGUUGUUCUUGGCUGGCCGUUUUCAAUUUUGGCUUUUCUGCCAAUUACAAUUUACUCCUUGAGGAGGAGGUUCAAACAAGCAUUUCUUUCAGGGGCAGUCACUUCUCUUGCUCUUCUGGCACUCUCUCUACUUGUUGACUAUUACUACUACCAAAGAUGGACAUCAUCUGUUCUGAAUCUGCUGUAUUAUAAUGUUUUGGGGGGUGGUGAGAGCCAUUUGUAUGGAACUGAAGGGUCAUUAUAUUACCUGAGGAAUGGAUUUAAUAAUUUCAACUUCUGUUUCGUUCUUGCUUUAUUGUUCCUGGGGAUUCUGCCAAUUGCAAGGAAGAAGUAUGCUCCAGAUUUGUUAAUUGUCAUUUCACCGAUUUAUAUUUGGCUAGCAUUUAUGUCCUUGCAGCCGCACAAAGAAGAAAGAUUCCUCUAUCCAAUAUACCCACUUGUUUGUAUAGCUGCCGCAGCUGUCAUUGAGAGCUUUCCUGAUCUUUUCCGGGACAAGUACAGUCCCAAUGAUAAUUCUCCAUUAGUCAUGACAGCUAAAGUUUUCAGACCUUUGGUUCUUGGACUCAUUUUAUGUGCCUCCCAUGCUCGGACAUUUUCCCUGAUUCAUGGUUAUUCUGCUCCGUUGGAGAUAUACAAGCAUUUAGAGUAUCACGAUGAUGCAGGAAUGGGUUCUGUGGUUUGUGUUGGAAGUGAAUGGCAUCGUUUCCCAUCAUCCUUUUUUAUACCUGAUCAUGUGGGUGAAGUUCGGUGGAUAGAUGACGGGUUCAGGGGUCUUCUACCACUCCCAUUUAAUACUACCUUGGGCGGGACUUCCGCAGCACCACCUUAUUUUAACAACAAGAACAAGGCAUCAGAUGAACAAUAUCUCCAGGAUCUGGCAAAUUGUACUUUCCUUGUUGAGUUGCAGCUUCAACGACCUUACCCCACCAGAGGAAGUGACUUAUCAACAUGGGAGGUUGUUGCGGCAUUGCCUUAUCUGGACAGGGAGCUAUCGCCUUCCAUGUACCGUUCAUUCUUCAUUCCAUACCUUUGGCAGCAGAAAAAUGUUUUCGGCAUGUACAAACUGCUUAAGAGAAUACCAAAAUGACACUAGAUGUACAAGUGAAGUCUAUAUUGGUUCUAAUAUGUUUGCAUUCGAGAAGCGCAACCAUUAGUGGAUACACUAUUAUUCAGUGAUCUCAUUUGCUAACUGAAAUUAGGAUCCUUUUUCUAGCGUCUCUUCCCUGAUUUGAUAGUGAAAAUGUAUUUGUGUUACGUUUAUCUGCUUUACUUGUGUUAACAUUAGUGUACUCAAAUUUCAGACUUUUAGUUAUGGAAUGCAAUGUUUGGUUGCAUGAAA